AAUGGAUGAAAAGCAUUGUUGAGGUAGGACUGUCAUCGUCAGCAACAGGCAACAGAUGUCCAAUAUUAUUGAUUUGUGCAUUGUCAUAAUGCACCUCACGUAACUCAUGUUGCUGAGAACAUAACAAAAGACUAUUGCACUGACAGCUGAUACUAGGCCUGAACAGUAGCUGGGAGAUCGCAAAAGGAGACGACACGCGUAUCAGUUCCGUUGCAAAGAUGGCCGGAUUGAAAGGCUCCGUCAUUGUCACCACUCUGCUGGUACUCACCUUCAUCGAUCCUGUCACGCCAGAUGAUAUGUCCGCCCGGUCUGACCUCCUGACCUUGAUGAAGACUAUCAUGGAUAACAUGAAAAACGGGAAGGACCUUGGUGCGGUCGAGAAGGACCUUUUUAUGAAGGAUUUGAAGACUGCAGCACUGUUCGCCGACCUGGAUGUCUUAGCUGUCGAUCGGGUUCUUAUGACUGCAAAAGAUUUCAACACGGAAGCGAUCUUACGGUGUGAAGAGGACGCCUUCAUCGUGGAGACCAAAGACGUGCACGAGUCUAUCUUUAUCCAGGCUGCUUUGAAGGCACGGUACUCAGACGUCCAGCACUGUGACGGUUUCCGGAUGGGUGUGCACCUCGACAACGUACGUAAGCUGUUCCCAUUAGACCUGCACGUCUGCCCCUUCGCCACUAUGAAUGUUACGCGUCACGGGGACGGUGGGAAGGACAGCCCGUACACCAUGGAGGUCUACGCUGACACCCUCAUUGGCCGCUUGAAUGCUGUUGGUGACAUGGACACGAUUGGAACAAGUCUGAAGGAAGUGUCCAUUCCGCCUGAGCAGGAGACUUACAGCUGUGAGGUGACCAUGACGGCUAAGGCCUUCCGUAUGCUGAUGCAACAACUCAACUGGCUGGGGAAGCAGUUCACCAUCUCCUGCACUCUACAAGACAUGAACGUCACCGUGACAGACAAUGGAGGAUCUCAUUCAUUCCUGAUCAGGCACUCCACCCGGAUGGAGUUGGAGGCCUCCUUGACCGGCCAAGUUCCACCGCGGAGCUUUGUGACUGCUAAAGUGUACAGCAGCACCAGGGUAGAGGUGGCCUCGUCCACAGUCACGCUGCGACUCGCUCCUACUGGGCCGUUGGUUCUGCACUACCAGCUGAAGAAGGAUGCGGACGGUCUGUUGAAGAACCACAGUCACGUCACUUUCUUCAUGGACAGCACACAGCAGUGACAAGCCAACGGGCGUUUUACACACAGAGCUCAUCGCAAAGACUUGUCACAUUAGACGUAGGCAAUUUUUCUUAGCAGCAUAAAGUUACGUUGCCGCGAUGUGUGCCGGUAUCUUGCAUUGCCGGAAUUCCAUGUUUUCAGAAUAAAGAAUAUGUUAACUAAUGUUUCAAAAUAAGUGGAUAGUUGCUUCAA